AUGUCAAUAGCUAAAUUAAAAUUUAAUAGACUUGAACUACUUUCACUUAAUUGUCGGAAAUUUGUUGUUCCUCGAAAGGUCAGAAAAACUCUUUUUACACACAGGCUGUGGAAACCAAGUAAAGAACGAGGGUGGUUUAAUAAAAUAACUCGCUGUUUGCUCAAUGAAGCUAAAUCUGAAUGUGAAUCAGAUCAAUAUUCAAAUAAAUGCCUCAAAAUUGCUGAAAUAAAUAUCAAUGGUCUCGGUAAAAAGUAUACAUUCGUGAAGGACAUAAUUACAGAUCACGAAAUUGAUAUCAUGGCAGUAUGUGAGAGUAGACAUUCAAGUUCAGAGGAUGUUGUCUUGCGCAGAAUGGUUCCUGAGGGUUAUUGUUGUCUGGAUGUUGCACGUAAGGUGAAUGAUGAUAAAGUGAUAAAAGGAAUUGCUCCUGUUGGUGGUGGUGUGGCCGUUGUUGUCAGAGAAAGCAUGAAACCAACAAUGAUUGAACUGGUUCAUGAUCUGAAGACUUUUGAAUAUAUAUGUAUAUCCCGCUUUCCAAAAAAAUUUAAACGAGUUUUACUUUUAAAUAUUUAUCGUCCGGGCUCUCAGCAGGUCACAAACUGUUUUUAUACUGAAAUUCAGUUGAUAUUUGAAGGUCUUGAAAUGCAACAUGGUCAUAUCAUUAUAACUGGUGAUCUAAAUAUUCAUUUCGAGGAUGAAACAAAUUCGCAUGACAUGCGUUUACUGACAUUGAUGGACGCUUUUGGGUACAAACAACAUGUCAUGUCUUCAACACAUGUUUUGGGAGGCACCCUUGAUGUUAUCAUUACGAAAGAGAAUGAAAUCAUAAAAACAGUUGACGUUCUCCCACCAACAUUGUCGGAUCAUGGACUGGUACUGGCUGAAUUUGUUAUAGCGGUAGAUAGAAGUAUUCCUGUUCUUACAAAGUUGAUUCGCAGUUUCAAAAAGUUUGAUAAACAAAUUUUCCAGAAGGAGUUGUUGGACAGUGAUUUAUGCUGUUUUUGCUCUGGACGCUCAACUGAGACAGCGAUUCUAAAGGUGAGAAUGACAGAAUAUAGAAACAUCACUCUGAGGGUAGAGAUUAUUAAAUCAUAA